AUGUUCAAGACACCGCCGCUUGCCAUCAACGCAGAAGCCAAGAUGGGGGAUUUGACCGGAUACAAGGUUCGCUUGUGUUCCAGCGCAGGGGAGAUUGCGAAGAGUCGCAAUCUUGCUUCAGAGAAAGUCAAGGCACUCGGGCACCCUGGCCUGUCCGACACCUUUUGGACAUUUGCAAAGACUGUCCAGCUGCUCAAGGUCGAAAAAGUCCAGGAUGGUGAGGAACAGAACUUGAGGUACAACAACACCUUGUACAACAAGGCCUUACACCAGGCUGCCACAGCAGCUGUUGCAGUGCUGCGGGGUCCAUCCGGUCCCGUGGAGAAGGCUGCCCGGAGAUUGGAGCUGGAAUUUGGGCGGGGCAUCUUGAGCAGUCAGUACUCGAAGUUGAGCAAGCUGUUAUCGCUGACCAACAAGCUCGCAUCUGCUACCAGAAACGCUGUAGACCUGACGGCCUGGAUGAUCGACUCCUUGACGCUGGCCCUGCGCAUGAACAUGGUCACGCCAGCUAAAUGCACCGAGAAGUUUCUGGAUCGAGACCGGAAGACAGGCGAUGCUGGCUUUUGGUUGUCGCGCAUGCUGGUGGUGCAGGUCUUCGAUUAUGCAGCAAAGCUGGCGAACAAGUUGCCUGAGCCGGACAAGGUUAAGCUGACAGGGAUUUUGGCUGAACUCCGUUGCCCUUCCACAUGUUGGGAGAAAUAUCUCUGCCAUGCUGAUGCUGAUCAAGGGGCUGCUGGAGAGGACGACAUGGACGGCGAGGACCCAGAGGACGUGGAGCGCCCUGUUCCGCAGUCCAAGAUUGGAGCUGUUAAAGAGGGUUUCAACAAAGCCAUUGGCAUGCUUUUGGAUUUGCUGCUGGAGCUGAUGUCGGGGAAGUACUACAAGGAUUGCUGCAUGCUGGCUUCGAGUGAAGAUGGCCUUGCAAAGGCAUUGACAGCUGCACAGCUUGGAAGCUCGGAUGACACGGAGCACGAGGAGCCAUGUGCGCUUAUCACUCAGAUGAAGAUCAUUGUCGACAAGUUCGACAACAGCACGAAGUCCGUUGGUGCCACAUCUGCGGCUCCUGCUCCGAGUUUGCUCCAAAGCCUGGCCAAGGCUUCUGAAGCUGACACACCCGAGGAAUGUGUCGAGCGUGAGCGGCAGUGGAAGGCGGUGCAAACGGAACGCCGCAAGUUCGUGUCGUUCUCGGUACCGAACAAGAUCUCGAAGGACUGCCUAGUCAAUGCGUUCAGAGGUUGCGGCAAGGUCUUCACGCACAAGGGCACCUUAAACUCUUCGCACCGCCUGAUCGUUGCCAGUGCGGAUCUCUUGGCAGAGGCUGGUACCGACCCGUGGCUCAAGGGCACUCCGCCAAGCGAGGAAUGGAAAGAGAUCUGUGCCUUUGCCAAAGACAUUUCUGGGCCCGAGGAUUUCGUUGUACUCUUCGACGGCAGAAUGCGGGAAAUUCGCCGCGUGUCCGAAGACCUCCUGCUGAACCAGCAGCACACCGAGGAGUGCACCAUCGUGUACUCAGGUGGGUGCCCGCCGAGAACUGGUCGCACUCGCCGCGUUCCGCUGGCUGCAAAGAAGGUGGAGACAGGAGCGGUUAAGUUCCCGGUCGCACGCACCAAGAUUCAGACGACGAAGAAAGGCUCCUUCACAGUCUGCGGCGAGGCUUCUACGUACCAAGGCACUUACUCAGGCGUGGAGUACCGUGCGGUUUCUGAAAUGCCCCUCGUGUCUGCAGACACCAAGAAGAAGAUCAUUGCUCCGGCAACAACCGGCGACCUCCCGACACCGCCAGAGGACUGGCAGGAUCGCCACGGCUCCGACGUACCCUUGUUCUGGAACGAGUCGAAGCCGAUAGCAUAUUGGAAUGCCAUCAUUGAGGAGUUUUGCGCGGAGGCAGUGUUUGACCUCACGGCUGGCACCGGUGCUCUGAUGGAGGCUUCUUUGACUGCCGGCAUCGCAUACCACGGGCUUUGCAGCCUCAACAAGGAGCACAUGUCGUGGGUCCAGGCGGUUGCUGAUCGCGCAGCUUGCGGAAUGAUGGCUUUGGAGGGAUCCACUCUUUACUCGGACGAGAAUGCCAAGGCGGUGAAGAAGCAUUUCCCGCACGUUCUGGAGAGCUUGUCCAACCAAGACGACCAGGACGAGGCCUACCAGACGCCUCUGGGGCAAAACCAGUCUCAAGACGGCUUCUCGUCGGAUGCCCCGGGGAGCUUGCGGAAGCAGGCUGUGAAAGACGGCUUGGUCCCCAAGGCUCGAAGGGCCUUCGUCAUCUGGUUCCAGGAAAACUCCGAAGUCAAGAAAGGCGCUCCCAAGCACGAGUUUCUCAAUGAGAUGAAGCAUCUUGGCGCAGUCUGGCAGGGCAUGACCGACAAGCAGAAGGCACCAUUCAUGGCGAGGAGCAAAGAUGAGUUCAUGGCUCAGCGAAGUGCACUGGCCGUUCUUGGCAUCAGGAUGCGGGGCUCCACGACCAGUGCGGGCGGCCCCGACGAGGCGAAGGACCCCCCUGCCGCUGACGAAUCUGGCGGUCGCGUUGGCCCAUUUGAGCUUAAUGGUGCAAGGGCUCCAAUUGGAGGCGGAGCCUAUGGCAGUGUCUACAGUUGCCAGCAUCCGCAAAGCGGCCUUAACGUGGCGGUGAAGGUUUAUCGUGGCUCCGAUGGCCCCGCGGAUUGCAGGCACGAAGUGGAGCAGAUGAAGCUUCUAAUGAAGGCCGUUCCGCAGCAGAAGAUGAUGUGGUUCCCGCUUCUUGUCAGCUCGGGUGUCACGGGCAGACCUUGGCCAUGGAUGGCUACUAGCCUAUGUGGGCCCAGCCUGGCAACCGCACUUCGAAAUCCUGCGGCGCAUGGCAAGCCGAGGACGUGGUCUGUGGCAGCUCAGCUGAGAAGUGCACUGCAGACCUUGCAUGACGCAGGCAUCCUACACUUGGAUGUGAAACCUGGCAAUGUUCUUUGGUGCCCUUGCACAGAUCAGGUGCAGGUGUGCGACUUCGGCAUGAGUGAGAACAUGGCACGGCUCCAGAAGGCUUCUCAGGCUCCCAGGUUCCUGCAGUAUGUCACGGCUGCCUAUCGACCUCCGGAGCUGUGGCCCGCUCGUGUGAAUGGCGAUGGAGACUGCGGUGUCAGAAAGCAGCUGCUGACUGCAGCUGUGGAUAUGUGGGCCUAUGCUUGCGUGGUGUUUGAGGUGGAGACCGGGAAUCCCUUCAUGCCCAAGGGGGAGGCCGGACUGAGAGCGUGGUGCAAGCAGUGGCCCGAGCUGUGGAAAACACGCAGCGACUUAGCCAAUUGCCCCGCUGCAAGUCACACGUGCUGCACAAAGGUGCUUCGAGCCGGUAAAUGGGGGCUGUUUGUGUUGGUCGGCUGUGCUCCAGACCCCGGAAAGCGGCGGUGGCCGGAGCUCUGUCUGAAUCAGAAAUGA